AUGAAAGCUGGGAAAACCUUUGAGUGUUUGUUUCACAGCCAGCCAAAGGAAAUAAGAAUGCAAGAUUCAUCGGACGUGAAGGACAUCAAUCCAAGGUCGCUGACAGUCCUGGGACGAGAGCAGGAGGUCGACUCUCAAGUCAGCGAGGAGCUGAAGAAGCUCUCGGUAGUGCCCGAUCCAACCAUCCCAGCCUCGUCUACCCGCUCCAAACGAGACCACAAACAAGAGAGACAACAACGAAUCUUGUCCGCACUCCUCGACAAGCCGGAGCUGUCGGAUGCUCUCGAGCCCUUUGACAACAUCUCACCGGGGGACACGUGGGAGAACGUGAGGGGCAAGGUGAAGUAUGAGGACGUGGUGAAGGUCGGCAAGGCUUUGAUGAAGGAGGCGGAGCUGAUAGCCGGAGACUUCAAGACGCUGAUGAGGAGCAAGCAAGUCGAGAAGCUCCUCGGGACCUCAGUGGAGAGGCCGACGGACGUGAAGGACUUCGAGCGGAAGAUCAUCGCGAGGUGGGGGGCGGACGACAAGACAUCAAGGCCCUACAAGAUCUGGACUGGGACCGUAAAAAAAAUGCAGCACUGCUUCUUGUCUCGGCUAGAGCGAUACUUGAAUGAGUUCUCACCGACCGAGAAGCGACAGGCUGACCUGAUAGUCGCCAUGGCGUACCUGUCGACUUUCAACUGGUGCUUGACGAGCAAGCGGGGGAAGCCUUUCGAACGGUAUGCUCUGCCAUCGGAUCAGCCUGAAGCUUCCCAGCAGCUGUCAGCUACCGUCAGUGACGUUGAUGCCGAAAUAGAUCUGAAGGCACCGUACAGAUGA